CGAGCACCGCCAGCCCCCGGGCACGGAGCAGCGCUCGGACUUCGGCUCCGGGAAGUGCCGGCAGCGCGUUGUUCCCCGCGGGACGCAGCGCUGCUUUACCAGCAAGAGCUGCCGCUCUGCUCCGCCGAGCCGCGUGGGGCUUUUCGCUUCUUUCAUGCGAAGACCCAACUGCAGCCAUGCCGAUGGAAGCGGACUGCCUGAGCCCAGAGGCUCAGAAACUGGCUGAAGCAAGGCUGGCAGCAAAGCGAGCAGCGCGGGCAGAGGCACGGGAGAUCCGAAUGAAGGAACUCGAGCGGCAGCAGAAAGAGAUCUAUCAAGUUCAGAAGAAGUAUUAUGGUCUGGAUACUAAAUGGGGCGACAUCGAGCAAUGGAUGGAAGACAGUGAGCGCUAUUCGCGUAGAGCCCGAAGAAAUGCCUCGGCUUCGGAUGAAGAUGAGCGCAUGUCAGUGGGUAGCCGUGGAAGCCUGAGGUCUCAUGUGGAGUUUGCCAGCGCCUACCCAGUGGCUGGAUUAGAAAAUGAGAGGACCAAAUGGAAGAACUACUCCAAAGCAACCAAUGGUUAUGAGGAAGACGUGUAUGGAUCGUCCCAGAGUAGAAAAUCUAGCAGGGCUUCAUACUACCCUGAUCUGGGUCUUCACAACAGUGGCUAUGCUUCCACGUCUCAGCCUUCUUCCCAAAAUGGAAACUGGCCCUCCUUGCUGUACAGCGAUGCCCUGCCAGCCAGAAGUUACAGGGCGUCUGUGUAUGACGAGAGUGCUUACAGCGGGAGUCGUCGGUGUAGUGCCUCUAGUUCUCGUGCUCCUUCAGAGUACAGCUGUUACCUUGGUUCGGGAUCUCGGGCGUCCUCAAGAGCCAGCUCUGCUCGGGCCAGUCCAGUGAUUGAGGAGCGGCCAGAAAAAGAUUUUGAGAAGGGAGCACGUACUGUCUCAAGUCUAUCAGCAGCUACCUUAGCUUCCUUGGGUGGGACUUCUUCACGAAGAGGCAGCGGGGAUACGUCCAUCUCAGCAGAUACAGAGGCAUCUAUUAGAGAAAUAAAGGAUAUCUAUGAGUUAAAGGAGCAGAUUCAAGAUGUAGAAGGCAAAUACAUGCAGGGACUGAAAGAAAUGAAGGACUCUCUAGCUGAAGUCGAAGAGAAGUACAAAAAGGCUAUGGUGUCAAAUGCUCAACUAGACAACGAGAAAACAAAUUUCAUGUACCAAGUAGAUACCCUGAAGGAUGCACUCUUAGAGUUAGAGGAGCAGCUCGCGGAAUCCAGGAGGCAGUAUGAAGAGAAGAGUAAAGAAUUUGAGAGAGAGAAGCACGCUCAUAGCAUAUUGCAGUUUCAGUUUAAGGAAAUCAAAGAGGCUUUGAAGCAAAGAGAAGAAAUGCUUGCAGAAAUCCAGCAGCUGCAACAGAAACAGCAGAGCUAUGUCAGGGAAAUUUCUGAUCUUCAGGAGACAAUAGAGUGGAAAGACAAAAAAAUAGGGGCCUUAGAGAGGCAGAAAGAUUUCUUUGAUUCCAUAAGGAGUGAGCGGGAUGACCUUAGAGAUGAAGUGAUUAUGCUGAAGGAGCAACUGAAGAAACAUGGAAUAAUCCCAGACUCUGAGGUAGCCACCAAUGGGGAGGCAUCAGACGUUCUUGAUAAUGAAGGACACUUGGAUUCUUCCAAAACAGUUCAAGGCACAACGCAGGCAUUAAAGACAGCAGGGGACGGGAUGCUAGGCAAAGCCAAGGAAGUGGACAUGAAAAAUGAGAUUUUGGAGGAUGUGGGGAAAAGAGAAAUCUUGCAGAAUUCUGAGCGUGAGGAACACAAAGAGGAGUCUGAGGAACAGGAAGUACAGACAUUGCAUGCUGAUGAAAAUACAAAGGCAGAAAAAAUGAUUGAAGAAACUGAUGCUCUGUCAACAGUGACGUUACCAGAUAGUAGGUUCACAGAACAAAUUCAAAGCCUUACAGAACCCGUGUCAGGGAAUGCUUCUUCAAAUGAUGAUAGUGAUGCAGGUGAUUUGAGAAAGGAGACGCAGUCAGCAGACGCAGCAGCCCAGCAGCCUGUUAGCGAGGAGGUGGAACACAGUAACUUAAACCCAAGGACGACUGAGAACUCAGAAAUGGGCUCACUGCAAGGUCAGGGUUUUGAGAGUCCUCAGGAAGCGCACAGUGACUUAGGUGUAGAGCAUGAACUGGAAAAAGCUGCUCCACAGCAGGAAGAAGGGGAGGAUGUGGAAGCUAGCCAUGCACUGAGUGCUAAUGAGGUGGAGCAAGCAGCAGGCAGUGCAGGUGACAGCGGUGAGACGGUAUCUGGCCGGUCAGGGCUACCAGAGCCUGUGCUAGCAGGCUCACGUAGUGAAGAGGUAAAGGUGGAGGGCCAUGCUGAAACACUCCAGAGCUCGGAAGAAAGUGCUGAAAACAAAGUGACAGAGGUCUUGGAGAAAGCUCUUGUCGAAAGCAAAGACUGCACUGAUGGAACAGCUGAUGAAACUGGAGGUGAUAGAGCUAGAGAACAAAAUGAGGUUGGGAGUGCAGUUCAGGGUCAGAAAAUGAAAAGAGAUUCCACGGGCUUAGAAGGGGAGGAGUCGUGUGAAAGUGGUGCCCCAUCAGAUAUAAAUGAAGAGGGAGGAGAUCAGGCACACAUCCAGCCAGUUUCCUCAGAGGAUGGUGAGUUAGCAUUAUUAGAGGAGCAGAAUACACAGGAGCAAACAGAACUUAAACCUGCUGAGAAAGAUGGACAGGAGGCGUGUUCAGAUUCUGCAGAAAAGCAGGAGAAGGCAUCUGGGGAGUCUGUGGGCUCUGCUAACAAGGUAGAAGGAAGUGCACUGCAUCAGACAGAGCCAGACACGGGCACUGUGAAAGAAAUGGCAUCUCAGGAAACAAGUUUAGACCCAGGCUUUUCAGAUGAUGGAAUCGAGGAAACAGAAAUGCAAACAGGAGACGUGUCUGGGAAUGGAGAGGAAAACAGAAUAGAAUGCUUAGAGCGUAAUAGAACAGAAGACUUAAAGCCAGAGGCAGAGCUUCAAACAGUUCAUUGUGGUAAAGAAACAACAGGUGAUACAGAGGAUGAGAAAAAUAGUUCUCUAGAAAGUGAAGCACAGAAUGUAGUCCAACAUGAGGAAGGUGAAUCUAAAGAGGAGUCCAUUGUAUGUCAUAGUGUAACUAGUGAGAACCAAGUAGAUAAAGAAGCACUUAAAGAAAAUAAAAGACAUUCAGAGCUUGCAGACCACCAGGGUGAUGAACUUACUUCUAUGGAAGAUGCAGGUAAUUCUCUUGCACAGAAAGCUGAGCUGGAUGAAAACGUUAGUGAGCAACUUAGACUAGAGGGCCAAGCAGAGGAAGAACAAGAAGACGAUGGUGAUGCAUUUGAUUUUGACGAGGAUUCAGAACAGACACUGGAAACUGAUGAAAAAUGCGAUGGAGAAGAAGUUGAUGCACAGAGUGAAGAGGAUGACAGAACAAACAGCGUGAUGAGAAAAACUGCCCAAACAGGCGAAGAGGGAGAGAGAACUGGCAAAAUAGAAACCAUGGACACCUUGACUGAAGGUGACAGCUUACAGCAUAACAAAGGAAAUGAGUCUGAAGAAACAGGGCGCUUGCAAGAGGAAGCAUCAGCACUGAAAACUGACGAGAAGGCUGAUGUGUUGGCAGGUGAAAACAAAGCAUCAGAUUCUAAUGAAGCGGAAAAGGCACCAGGUGAAAAUGUUCCAGAGCAGGAUUUGGAAAGUGCUGGCUGUAACAGGGCUGAAAGCAAAGAGGAUUUGCGAGGUGGUAGGAAGGGCAAGGGUAAAUCUAAAGAUGACUGUACAAUGUCCUGAGUUCUGAAUUUCAGUCCAUACAAGUUAGAAGCCAUUUGAUCAGGCUCUGUACCGAAGCACGCGCUUUGCACGAUAAAUCAGCCCUUAGGAAUAUAGGAAUACUGUUAAGGAGUUCAUUUUUUCCUUGCAGGUAGAUCUCAUAAUACACUGUUUGGUCAUGUAAGCGGUGAUAAUGCAAAUAUUAGAUGAUUCACUGAUGUACCUAGCCACAAAAAAUCAUCCAGAGGUUUGGUUUUGCUGUGUCUCAGGUUAAAUGUGUGUCACCAAACAAAGCAAGCUUCACAAAGGAACUGAUCAGGCUUUUGCACUUGAAGUACUUCUGGUGUUGAUAACUGCUGCUGAGGAGCUUUUGUAUGAAAUUCCUACUUUCUAGCCUGGAAUAAAAAUAGAUUAUCUGAACGUGCUUGUAUGUGCAAUAGGACUACAAUAAGAAUGUUGAUGCUUUGUCGUGAAGGAACUUGGAAGAUCAGCAACACUUAGAUGUAAUGCUGACAUUUGUUGCUGAGCGGUUAAAGCCUAGGAGCCCUUUCCCAUAGCAAAAGAAGAAGAAAAAAAGAUGCCCUCAUUCCACUUUUUGUAUGUAUGUUUCUUAAAAGGACAUAUUCCAAACUAUUGGUAGAUCACUGUGAAUUAAGGCUCAGCUUUGGAGGAACAGUAACACGAUUUGAAGGAAAUGCAACAUGUAGGUUGCUGAAGGGAGCAAACAUGUACGUGUUUACUUCAUCUGGGCACUUUGCACCACAACAGGCCUUUUGCACCAUGUCUCACGUGGGUUUUGUAUUUUUUUCCUAAGAAAGUGUCAGUACACACUGUAACGUGCUUAGGUUUGCUAUCCAAUACUGUACCUAUGAAUAUAUAAAUAUAUUUUUAAAACAAGUGUUCAAUAUUGCAUUCCUUAUUGCAUUAUAUAUAUAUAUUUUUUUGCAAAAAAUAUUAUGAAAGAAUGGUUUUCUUUGAAAAAUUCUUUCUUCCUCUUUUUCUGGAGAGACGGUAACUCAGGAUGUCUUAAUCCUCAUGGAUGUCAGACCAAAGGCUGUUUUUCCACAUAUGAGCCCCCGUGCCUUUUUUUGGAAAGCUGGAUUACCUUGUAUUACUGGCAUCAAUGAGACACUUCAACCCAUUGAUGUAUUUCCACUUGCGUUUUUACAGUGCUUGGCAGGAAGAUGAUGUUUUGCAUAAUUAAUAAUUAGCUGGAGGUUGUAUGAAGCAAUGAACAUGCAAAGGGAAUGCAAGUUGAGGAGCUGGGGGGCUACAGAAGGUUCUAUCUGUUGAUGUUACAAAGUUGACAGAGUUCAAAUAGACUGCAAAAUUACAAGAUGUAUAUCAAAGUGUACUGAGCUGUAUAUAAUUAAAAUAAACAUAUUUUAUACUUCAAA